AUGGUAUCAAGAAUCCUCCAGUCGAUCACGCGCUCUGCGCCCACAGCAACCCGCAGCGUCCAGCAGCGCACAACAGUCCUCGCCCCAGCCCUGUUCCGCACCUACGCCGUCAAACCCAGCUCCUCGUCCGCCAGCCAGAACAACUCCAACACAACCAACCCGCAAGCUUCAUCUGCGGAAGCCCAAGAUAUCAACGCUAGGGCGGCAACACGCGGUACCUACGACCAGGACACUAGCAGCCUCGCAAACCCUGUGAGCCACCCCGAGGAUGGAGGCAUGGGCGCGACCGAGGAGAAGACCAUCAGCCAGGACAAGAUGAGCCAUGAUCCCAAGGAGGGUGAUGCGAGUAAGAAGGAGAAGACGUUGAAGUUUGGGCAAAACCAGCCAUUGGAUGCUGCAAACAAAUAG